AGGAAGCAAAUGGUGAAUUCGCUCUAAGAAAUAGCUAAUGUAAUAUACAUCUAAAUAACUUUUUAGAAACCUUUGACUGAAUCACAAUAAGCUGAGUUAUUGGAUUGGUUUGAGGAUUAUUGCAUUUAAUAGUCAAUUAAAUAUAAAAAGUAAAAAAAUAGAAGCUUAUUCACCAAAUCAAUUCAAGCCAUCAAGAAUGACUAAGCUAGAGAUUUUAAUUUGCAUUAAAAUUAAUAAUUAUCUUAACCUAUUAAUAAGAAAAUCAAACUUAAAGAUGAUAAUCAUUAUUAAAAACAGGAUACUAUUAUUGAGGAUAAAGAUGAUCCUCAAUCCAUUUCAGAAGAAAAUCAAUCUAACUAGAAGUAGAAAUAUGUUAUAUUUUUUACAUUUAGUUAAAAUGAUUAAUUGAUGUUACUCCUAUUAUUAACAGCAGUAAAUCAAUAAAAAAAUGUUUAAGAAAUUCCAUCAUAGGUAAAAGUACAUAAUUUAUAAUUUAAUUUAUAAUAGCCGAGCAUUAACAUCAUUAAUCAAAGAUGUAGGUACUUUCCCAAUUGUACCAACAAGCAUUGUCAAUAUAUUCAUCCUAAAAUUAAAGUAUCUAAAUUACAUUCUAAUCUAGUGCAAAUAUUUCCCCAAUUGUAACAAGGGACAUCUAUGCAUUUAUAUGCAUCAGCAAUGCAAACAUGGAAUUCAUUGCAAAAAUCCAUAAUGCAGCUAUGAACAUCCAUAUAAAAAAAAAUGACAUCAUAUGAAAUAUAUAAUUAACUGGAGAUUUAAUUAAACUAUUUAAUAUUAGGAUACGUUUUAAGAAUUCCUGAACUUUUCAUUUAAGCCAUUAAAUUUAUAAGCAAAAUUAAAUUACA